AUGCCACGUAAAGCAAAAAAAUCAGCUGCAAGAAAGGCGUCUGAACAGAGACAAAGAAUGCAGCAGAGAAGAAGUCAGGCUACUGAACAGAGCAACAUCUCUUUAAAAUGUCCAGAAGAGAGCAACACCUCUUUAAACUGUCCAGAAGAGAGCAACAUCUCUUUAAACUGUCCAGCAGAGAGCAACAUCUCUUUAAACUGUCCAGCAGAGAGCAACAUCUCUUUAAACUGUCCAGCAGAGAGCAACAUCUCUAUAAACUGUCCAGCAGAGAGCAACAUCUCUUUAAACUGUCCAGCAGAGAGCAACACCUCUAUAAAAUGUCCAAAACAGAGCAACAUCUCUAUAAAAUGUCCAAAUCAAACAGAUAAUGAAAAGAGCAACAUCUCUAUAAAAUGUCCAAAUAAAACAGAGAUUGAAAAAAAUGCAUAUGAAACAAUCAUGUUAACGAGAAACAGACAAGAAAAAGAAAACUUGAACAAAUUUGCAAGUAUACCAUCACGAAAGAUUCGUAAAGUUACUGGAAAUGAUAGCCAAGUCAACUCUGGCAAUGAACAAACUAGAGUGGUAGUUCAAGGUAGUUUUCAUCAAGGAGAUGCCAGGUUUGAAGAAAAUAGUGGAAAACAAUGUGUUGCUAAUAGUUUGUCAGCAAUUGCUCAUAGUAAAUUGAAAGAUUUAGAUAAAUGGGAUCAGACCUAUCUGGACAAUGUUCUAAUUGAAGGAAAUGAGAUUUAUUCUUCGAUUCAUGGAACAAAUGACUUGCUAUUAAUCUCGGAUCUGCCAGAAAUGAUUGAAAUAUCAGGGAAAAUAAUGCACAUUAGGAAAAAAGACUCAAUCACAGCAACAAUUGACUCUACUGGGACCAUUGACUUUAAUGCCUUUGAUAAUUGUUUGCCACUAGAUCUGGCAAUACAGGAAUCGCUUAUAGACUCGGAUGGCUGUUUCAUAUGUGCGAUUGAUAAAACUUUUAUGGUAAUGAAAUACAGGCAUGAUAUCUAUCUUUUUGAUUCUCACUCGAGAAAUAGAUUUGAUUUAGUAGAUGGAAAUGGAAAAAGUUUACUGUUGCAGUUAAAGAACUUGAAUCAUUUAUAUCAAUACUGCUGCAAUUUGAUACAAGGAGUAGAACAGUCAAAUCUGUGGUUUGAAGUCACUGGUGCACGUGUAGCAGUUCUAGAUUCCUCAGUUGAAAAUUCUUUGAACAACCAGAAUAUGGUUGAACAAAUUGUACCAAAUGCAUUCUCUCCAUGCCAUGUUCAAGAACAUAUAGAUGAAUCCGAGAGAGACCGGGUUUCAGACCUCGCUAUUCAGUCAUUGAUGAAUUCUACAGAAGUGAAGUUAUCAGCAUAUGAAGAAGAAAUUCAUGAUCAUUAUAAUGACUGUUCAAGAGAACAUUUCUCUGAUGUAGAAGUUAUGUUGGAAAAUGAAACAUGUGUGAGUUUCGACUUCAUACCCCUAACAAACAAAACAAAAAAGAAACUGUGUUCUAUGAUGAAAAUCCCGUCUAAUCAAUGUCAAAGACAGUCUGACAUUACAUACAAUAUGGGAUCCCCUAAAGCAACCAAGUCAAUAGGAAUGGAUGGCAACUGUCUGUUUAGGGCAAUAUCUUAUGCAGUAUCAAAUAGGCAACAGUAUUAUCAAAAGAUAAGAAGUUCAGUAGUCAAUCACAUGAAAAAUUCUGCCGACGCAUUAAAAUCAUUUUUAAGACCAGGGUAUGAAUCUGUGGAGGAGUAUAUCAGAAUGUCUGGAAUGGAGAACGAUACCACUUGGGGUACUGAGCUUGAAAUUUUAGCCGCUGCAGAUCUAUUGAAAACAAAUAUUUUUACCUAUUUGAAUGGAUCUUGGGUGAAAUACUCACCUUCUCAAAUAUGCAGUAGCGCUGAAGUGAAUAAUGAAUCAAUUUACUUGAAUCAUGUCACAAACUCCAAUCAUUAUGAAUGCGUUUCGUCUGUAAAUAGUAGAGACACUGGUUUAAACACAAGAAACUCACAACCAAGAAAAAGAAAACGAAAAUUGAAGAGAAAAAGUUCUGUAAAUGUUUCGGUAACAAAACUGAGUAAAACAGAUAGCUUGGACAUUGAAAUAGACAGUGAAAAACAGUCACAGGCAGAAAAAGAAAGGGAAAAGUACAAGUCAUGUAAAGAAUUUAGGGGAAAAAAGAUAAAUCUUUUGAAAGAGAAAUAUUCAAAGGAUGAAAAGCAUAGGGAAACUGUGAAAAAACGUUCAGCAAACCAGUAUGAAAAUGAUGAUGAGUACAGAGAAAGAGUAAAGAAAGCGAGUAUGGAGAAAUAUGCAAAUAAUGACGAAUUCAAAGAAAAGGUAAAGAAUGCAAGCAAAAACAAGUAUGAAAAUGUAGCAGAUUUUCGAGAAAGGGUUAGGAUUGCAAGCAAAAGAAAAUAUGAAGACGACAUUGAUUUUAGAGAAUCUGUGAAGCAAUUUAGCAUCCAAAAAUAUGAAAAUGAUAGCAUUUUCAGGGAAAAAGUAAAACAAUCAAGCAAACAGAAGUAUGAAGAAGACGAAACACAAAAAAACAAAAUAAAAGAGCAGGUAUCUGUACGAAGACGUCUUCAGAAAGAAGGAAAUCAGCACAUUGAAAAUGUGAUUGAAAAAUUCAGAGAUGAAGUUAAACAUGGACCUGAAUAUGUGUGUGCUUGUUGCCUCCGGCUUUGUUUUGAAAAACAAGUACUCUCCUGCAUUAAAGAGAAAUAUGACAAAUUAUUAUUUGACGUUUGCAUUUCCGAGAAAUAUUUGCACAAAUGUGAAGAAAACUGUUCGGUAGAAUGUAUAUAUCAGGGAAACAGUAGAAAGGACCUGUGGAUUUGCCACACAUGUCACAGAAAGCUAUUGAAAGGUGACGUACCAGGAGACUCAUUUUCAAAUAAUCUUGAAUUAGAAGAAGUCCCGAAAGAGCUUGGUUGUCUGAAUACAUUAGAACAACAAUUGAUAGCAUUGAAUAUUCCUUUCAUGAAAAUACUUGGUUUGCCAAAAGGAGGACAGAAAGGUGUGCAUGGUCCUGUUGUUUGUGUGCCAUCUGACCUAAGAAAAGUAACAUCCACGUUGCCAAGAUCAGAAGACGAAAAUUUCUUACUUAAAGUUAAAUUAAAAAGAAAAUUGAAUUACAAAGGAUACGAGGAGUACCAAUUUGUGAAUACAAAACACUUGGAAGAAGCACUGCAGUUUUUAAAAGGGAACAAUACAUGGUACUCUAAUAUAUCAAUAAAUGGAAACUGGCUCAAUCCUAUUCCUGAGGAAAAUGAAUCGACAGAGGACUCAAACAAAGAUGCUUUGGAAAAGAAUGCUGAUAAUGAAAUGGAAUGUAUGGAAACCGAGUUUGAUUCUUUUCUUGAUGAAAAACUGCAAGGUGUUCAGUUAGAUACUUGCUUACAGCCUGCUGACAUUGGACAAGAAGUAUUAGAUUUAUGCUUUGACAAAGUUUUUGAAAUUUCACCAGCAGAGGGAAACAAUCCCGUCUCAGUUCUUCAAGAAGAUGGUAUAGAAGCUAAAACGUUUCCUGCUCAUUUUCCAACCGGAAAAAACACAUACUCGGAAGAUAGAUCUGAAAAGUUAACACUUGGGAGAUAUUUCAACCUUCGAUUGACGAGUGUUGAAAACAGAUUCGCCAGAGACUCAUCCUACAUUUUUUUCAGUCAAUAUCUAUCUGAAUUGAACAGAGUUAUUUCAAAUGUGCAAAUUUCUUUGAGAAAAGAGUCUGCAUAUUCUGAUGAGGGCAAGAAAAUAACAGGUGAAAUGCUAUGUGACAAGGAUACCUUGAAAGAACUCUUUAAAAAAGAUGAGGCAAUCAAAUUUUUGAAACCCGUUAGAGGAACACCACCAUACUGGCAAGCAGCACAGAAAGACAUUUUUGCCAUGAUACGCCAGUUGGGAAUACCUCAAUUCUUUUGCUCCUUUUCAUCAGCAGAUUUUAGAUGGGCAGAGAUUAUUGAGACAAUACUUAGACAACAAAAUGAUACACGAAAUCUGAACGAACUUUCAUGGAACGAUAAAUGUAAAAUUCUGCGAAGUAAUCCAGUGACUGCAGCUAGAAUGUUUGAUCACAGAUUUCACACUUUUUUGAAAGAUGUUAUCAUGUCAGAUGCUCAACCAAUAGGAAAAGUAGUUGACUAUUUCUACAGAGUUGAAUUUCAGCAAAGGGGUUCUCCACAUACACACUGUUUAUUUUGGAUAGAUGGUGCUCCAAAAUUUGAACAAGACUCUGAAACUGACGUUGUGAAAUUUAUUGAUCGAUAUAUAACAUGUGAAAUACCAGAUGCCAUUGAAAACCCGGAAAUGCACGACAUUGUUAUGGCUGUACAGCAGCACAGUAAAAAUCACUCAAAGUCUUGCAAAAAGAAAGGAACAGUUUGUAGAUUUAACUUUCCUAGACCACCAUCAGAAAGAACGUUUAUCUCAAAACCAAAAGAAGAUAUUGAUGAAAAAGAAGAAAAACUAGCGAAAGAAAGAUUGUCACUUCUAUGGGAUGCUGUAAAAUCCAAUGAAGAUGAAAGAGCCAUAAGUUUAGACCUACUGCAGAAAGCAGGAUUGACUCAAGAAGAAUUUGAGAAAUGCUUUAGUUUCAUAACGAAGAGAAACACAGUUGUGCUGAAAAGACUACCCAAUGAACUGUUCACAAACCAAUACAAUGAACAUCUUUUAAGAGCUUGGAAUGCUAAUAUGGAUAUUCAAUAUGUAUUGGAUGCAUAUUCAUGUGUAGUAUAUAUCAUCAGCUAUAUUAGCAAAGCUGAACGUGAGCUUGGGCUACUACUACAACAAACAAAAAAUGAAGCUGUUGAGGGAAAUUUGAAUGCUCAGGAGGCUAUGAAAAAAGUUGGUACUGCUUAUUUACACCACAGAGAAAUAAGUGCACAGGAAGCUGUUUAUCGGGUUAUAGGAUUAAGGUUGAAAGAAUGCUCAAGAAAGGUUGAAUUUGUACCUGUUGGUGACAAUCCAUGUAGAAUGAGUAUCCCCUUGAAAGAAGUGAAAAAGAGACAAAACAUGUCAAAGAUAAAAGAACAAAUUCAUUCUAGCGAAGAACAAGACAACCCAGAAAAUGAUUCUGAUAUAUGGCUGACAAAUGCAGUGGACAGAUAUAUAGGACGGCCUGAAAUGGACGUUUUUCAGAAAAUGUGCCUUGCAACGUUUUGUUCAGAAUUUUCGAUUGUUUAUGAGUCAAGUUUACCAAAGAAGAUCAAUGAAACAACGACAUUCAAACUUAGGAACAACCUUGGUUAUAUUAGAAAGAGGACUAAGACAAAACCGGCAGUUAUCAGAUACCCACGGUUUUCAGUAGAAACUGCAAAGGAAAAAUACUAUCAAAGUAUUUUACAGUUAUUUCUACCAUACAAGGAAAAGACACAACUGAAACCCAAACAGUUUGAAACCUGCGAGAAUUUCUACGAAACAGGGUAUGUUAAAUAUCCAGGUGAAGAAACUCUACUGUCCGUGAAAGAAAUUGUAGACAGUAAUAUGUCAAACUUUGUAAAAGAAGGACACACAUUAGAAGAAGCAGAAAGAGUCUUUGAAGUACAGGGACCUCAAGACGAUGCAUGGUGUGAAAUUUGUCCAGAAACAGAAGUGAUUAGAAUAGAAUGCAUCGAGGAAGGCACUACUGCAACCGUAGAGGAGGAUGAAAUCUCAGAGAAAUCAAUACCUGAUUUAAAUAGAACAAACAAAAUAGAUGCUACUGGAACAAAUCUUCUUAUCACAUCUUUUCCAAAGAAUGAGGUAAUUCCUCUCCUUCGAUCACUAAAUUUGAAACAAAGAAAAGUCUUCUACAAAGUGAGAGAUUGGUGUAUGAAGAAAAAAAAUGGUCAGAAUCCAGAGCCAUUUCAUGUUUUUGUGACGGGUGGUGCAGGCACUGGAAAAAGUCAUUUGAUUAAAUGCAUAUUCUAUGAAGCAACCAGAUUAUUAGCACAUGUUUCAGAAAAUCCUGAUGAUUUGACUGUAUUGUUGACUGCGCCAACGGGUACUGCAGCAUUCAACAUCAAUGGGUUGACAAUACAUAGUGCUCUUGGCAUAUUCAAAUCCUUAUCUGUAAAUCAUGCUUUGUUGAGUGAAGAGAAAAUGAAUAAACUGAGAUCCAAACUGGAAAAUUUACAGAUCCUUAUCAUUGACGAGAUAUCAAUGGUCAACAAAAGACUGCUAUUUUUUGUGCAUGAACGUUUGCGUCAGCUUAAAAAAAUGCCAGAAAACUGUGUGUUUGGAGGAGUGUCAGUUAUUGCUGUUGGUGACUUCUAUCAAUUACCUCCAGUGAGAACAAAACGCUCUGAUAAGCUGUAUGUAAAUGACCCUUCAAAUCCGGUAAAUCAGCUUUGGAAUGAUUUGUUUACAAUUGUUGAACUGGAUGAAAUCAUGCGACAGCGAGAAGAUAGCCUUUUCGCUGAGCUUUUGAACAGAUUACGUGUGAAAAAGGGGAAUGAAACAUUAUUGCAAUGUGACAAAGAGUCGUUGCAGAAGUGUAUCAGAGAUGGUCCUAGGGAAGCUUUACACAUAUUCUCAACCAACGAGGAAAUAAAUGCAUACAACAAUGAAAUGAUAUUCGAGAUCUGCAGUGAACCAAAAUUGAUUGAGGCUGAAGACUAUGUGAAAAUGAAAGCGUCUGGAAAGCUGGUAAGAAGAGAAACCCAGUUUACGAAAUCUGACAUAUGUCUUCGAUCCUCACUGUUGUUAGCAGAAGGAGCAAGAGUUAUGUUAAUAAGAAAUGAGGAUGUUCAAGACGGCCUUGUAAAUGGCGUUAUGGGAACAAUUGUACGCAUUGGAUUGCAGUCAGGUUCAGAUUUACCAGACGUUGUCUUUAUUCAUUUUGAUAACGAAAAUGUAGGCAAAAAUGCUAAAAUCCAAAAAAUGAUCAACCAAAAAAGAUGUGUUGGACUACGUCCUACAGUCGAAGAAAUUCCUCUCAGAAAUGGUGUAAGAAAGCAGUUCCCUUUACAACUGGCAUGGGCUUGUACCAUUCAUAAGGUUCAGGGAUUAACGGUGAAAGAAUGCGUAGUUGACUUAAAUAAAUGUUUUGCACCUGGUCAAGCAUACGUUGCCUUAAGCAGAGUGACAUCAAUGGCUGGACUGUACAUAAAUGUCACUGAUAUUAGCAUCCUAGAAAAGAAAAUACGUAGUGAUCCGGAUAUUGAUGUAGGUAUCUCUGCAAUGAAUAGAUUCCUAUCAGCCGAAGAUGAUCAGGUCUCAAACAAACAUAUCAAGAUUUUGUAUCACAACAUUCAGGGACUGCAACAACAUAAAGAAGACUUAUUAAGCAAUGAAGAACUCAAAGAUUCAGAUUUCAUAUGUCUCACAGAAACAUGGUUGGAUUCCAAAUCAAAUGUGGAGCUUGAACAGUUUAAAUCAAGUCAUUUAAUAAGAUCCGCAGCUUUUGAUAAAAGUUGUUCUUUGUAUGAAGAACUUGCUAAUAUGCAACAGGGAGGAGUAAGUGUAUUUUGCAGAUCAGGAGUUGUAUAUGAGGAGCUAAAGAUUGCUGAAAAUCUAGAGUGCAUCGUUUUCAAAAUUGAAAGUAUUGACACUGUAGUUGCCACCAUAUACAGACCACAAAGAUACGUGAUUGGAACAUUCAUGGAAACAUUAAACCAAUUCCUAAGCCGGUUGGAAGCCCACUCAAGUAGGAUGAUUGUCAUCGGGGAUUUUAAUCAGGAUAUUUUAAGAGAACAGUCCUCAAUUCUUAACUUCAUGACAUUGAAGGAGUUUAAGCAAUGCAUUCAAAAUCCUACAACAGACAAUGGGACAUUGAUCGAUCAUGUGUACACAAAAGGUUGCCCUGGGGUCCAGGUUUCACUUGUUCCAACCUACUACAGUUAUCAUGAAGCAAUCGCAGUUUACAUAAAAGGUAAUUUGGGAAAUCAGUAA